AUGACAUCUUUUCUUUAUGGCGACGAACCUGGUCUCGAAAUCGAGUCUGAGCAAGUAACCACUCGAGCUAUUGCGCCUGUGAUUCUGAAGAAGCGAGCAAACUUUCCUCGCUGGCUCUCUCGUCUUCAACCUGGCGUAUUCAAAGACAGAAUUAGGCAUAGUGGCGAUUUGGUCGCUCGGCCAGAGCCAGUCAAAGACACGGCCAACGAUGCUGAGAUAUCUGUUGACCUUCCGGGUCUCCUCCGCCUCCCAGUGGAAAUUCGCAACCAAAUUUACGGAUACCUCUUUAGCCAGCGACUCAUCGUCAUCAAGCACAACGACCCCUGGUCUCGCUCUGAUGACAGUAUACUCAACAAUGCCAUCGGAGAGUAUCGUCAGCCGAACCGCGCCAAAGCAAUAAAGUGUCUCAAGAUUGUCAGAGCCAAGCAGAAGGUUCCUCAAUCUCUGAGACGUCAGGCUAUGAAAGCCAAGGGUAUCUCAUAUGCCGGUAUUCCCGGUCGAAAUUCUGAACCCAGAGAAGGAAUCGAUUGGAAGACAACGCUCAGUAGUCUCCUGCUCACCUGCAAGACAAUCAACGCCGAAGUCGGUCCUAUCCUUUACGGCAUAACGACCUUCUACUUUGACGAUGCCUGCCGUCUGAGAGCCUUUCUCAAGACCGUCCACCCUAUCAACCUAUCAUGCAUAACACGAUUACACAUCCACGUGCGCACCCACGGUAUGCCCGUUGAUGCUACGAACGAUGUCUGGGAGCAAGAGCACAUCCAGUGCUGGACCUCGAUCUUUGUUACAAUUGCUAGCAAGAUGAUCAACCUUCGCGCAAUCAGUGUGUCUCUCACCAUGAGAAACGUCACCGACGGCUUGAGACGUGCUUUCAAUCCUGCACAGCCCAACACUGACUGGAAAACUCGUGCCGGUUACAUGCUCAUGCUCCAAUCUCUCUCAAACCUGUCAAGACUGGAGGACUUGCGUGUGUCCAUCAAAGCUACGGACGACAUCAUGUCGCAGUACCAAGAGAUGCUUCCUCAUCUGGUCUUUCGGUACUGGGAGUCUUCGAACAUCCAUCCUGUCCGUUCUCUUGAGCUCCAAGUGAUGAAUGUACACAGAGAGGUCUUCGAGGAGAUGCAAACCAGCCUCGAACAGGCCAUGGCAGAUGUCGCACGGUCCAAAGAUGUCAACGAGUCAUUCGUUCGUGUGGCUCUUGCUACCCGCGAGUACAUGGACUACAAGUUGGAUCCGAUCGGAUACAUGGUGAUGAGGGAGCUCGAGGAGAAGCAUAAGAAGAAGAAGGAAGAGGCGAAGGAGAAAAAGGCGGAGCGGAAGCAGAAGAAAAUCAAGGACAAGAAGCAGUGGAUGCGCAAGAAGCGUGACGGCUAUUGA